AUGGACUUGAUGAUUCGACAACAGCAAACAUUAGCAUUGGUUAAGGCUCGGGGCUACGUCAGUAUUGAUGAGAUUGCACAGCAUUUUGCAGUUACCCCACAAACUGUACGGCGGGAUAUCAAUCAAUUGGCAGAUGCCGGACUAUUACGUCGUUAUCAUGGUGGCGCUGCGGUAGACUCAAGCGUCACCAAUACCGCGUAUAGUCAACGGAUCAGCCAUAAUUUAGCGGCAAAACAGCGUAUUGCAACAGCUGUCGCAAAUGCAGUUCCAGACCAUGCAUCGUUAUUUAUCAAUAUUGGUACUACAACCGAAGCUAUUGCCCAUGCUUUAUUGCAACAUCGCGGUUUAAAAGUGAUUACCAAUAAUUUAAAUGUGGCGAAAAUUUUAAGUAUGAAUGAUGAUUUUGAAGUACUGAUUGCCAGCGGAAAAGUGCGCCCCGAUGGUGGUGUGAUUGGGCAAGCCACCUCUGAAUUUUUUAAACAGUUUAAAGUUGAUUAUGCCCUGAUUGGUAUCAGUGGGAUUGAUGAAGAUGGAACCAUGCUCGAUUUCGAUUUUCAAGAAGUAUUUUUAGCCGCAGAUGAGAGCAAGUUUGGUCGUCAUGCAAUGAUGCGCUUAGGCCAUCUUUCUGAAAUAGACCGGCUUUUUACCAAUAAAGUGCCCACUGAAAAUUAUUUAAAACAAAUUCAUGCAGCAGAAGUGGCUUUAACUGUGGUGGUGGCGUUUAUGACACAAAUCAAUGAGCAACAAACUUAUUAUGAUAUUGCUGUAAUUGGUGGUGGAAUAAAUGGUGUCGGUAUUGCCAAUGAUGCUGCUGGGCGUGGUUUAUCAGUGUUCUUGUGUGAAAAAGAUGAUUUAGCCAGCCAUACCUCAUCUGCAAGCAGUAAGUUGAUCCAUGGUGGUCUGCGUUAUUUGGAACAUAAAGAAUUUCGCUUAGUGCGAGAAGCCUUAGCUGAGCGAGAAGUCUUACUGGCAAAAGCACCGCAUAUCAUUCGUCCUAUGCGUUUUAUCAUGCCACAUCAACCUCAUUUGCGUCCUGCUUGGCUGAUUCGUACGGGGCUGUUUUUAUAUGACCAUUUGGGCAAAAGAGAGAAGCUUGCAGGUUCACAUUUGGUUGAAUUUGAUCCUUAUACUAGCCCACUAAAAACAGAGAUCACACGCGGAUUUGAAUACUCAGAUUGUGCUGUAGAUGAUUCACGCUUAGUGAUUUUAAAUGCGAUGCAAGCACGUGAAAAAAAUGCCACUGUGGUUACGCAAACACGCUGUAUUUCAGCACAGCGUGAAGAUAGUUUAUGGAAUAUCCAGUUUGAAAAUGAGCAGGGUAUUUAUCAGAUACAAGCGAAGGCUUUGGUCAAUGCUGCGGGGCCUUGGGUUGCACAAUUUAUUAAGCAAGAGCUUCAGUUAAAAUCGCAAUAUGGGAUUCGCCUCAUUCAAGGCAGUCAUAUUAUUGUGCCGAAAAUAUAUGACGGUGAUAAAGCCUUUAUUAUGCAAAAUGAUGAUCAACGUAUUGUGUUUGCAAUUCCUUAUCUCAAUCAAUACACCAUGAUUGGCACAACUGACCGUGAAUAUUUAGCAGAUCCGAAUAAUGUUGAAAUUAGUCAGCAAGAGAUUGAUUAUCUGCUUGAUGUAUCCAAUGGUCAUUUUAAAGUGCAACUGACUCAAGCUGAUAUUAUUCAGACAUUCUCAGGGGUGCGCCCAUUGUGUGAUGAUGAGUCUGAUAAUCCAGCCGCAAUCACCCGUGACUAUACUUUGGCUUUAUCACAAGACCAUGAGAAUGAUGCGCCCUUACUUUCUGUGUUUGGUGGGAAGUUAACCACCUAUCGACGCUUGGCUGAGUCUGCCAUGGAGCAUUUGCAGAAAUUUUUCCCUAACGCUGGGAAAGCUUGGACUGAAAAAUCCUUACUGCCGGGUGCUGAGAAUUUGGUUUCUGUUGAUGGAUUGGUUUUAGAAAUUCAAAAUAAAAUCAAAGGGCUUGAUCAUGAAACUGCAAUCCGUUGGGCACAUGCCUAUGGAACCUAUACAUGGAAAUUUUUAAAUCAUUCGACAUCUUUUCAUGAACUUGGUCAAGACUUUGGCCAUGGUUUAUAUGCCCAAGAGGUCGAUUAUUUGGUUGACCAAGAGUGGGCGGUCACCAGUCAGGAUAUUUUAAAGCGCCGGAGCAAGUUAUAUUUAAAAUUUACUGAAGCUGAAAUUCAAGCAUUGGAUGAAUAUUUGCUUGAAUUGCAUGAACGCCGCUUACAGAAAGAUGUUGCCUAA